AUGAAUUAUACUGCUCUAAAAAAAACGGACCAAGAACCAGAAUACAAAAAAAAUCCGUAUUUGCCAAUUUCGUCGGUAGGAAUUACAAACUAUUCAGUCACCAAGGACAAUUUGCCGGCCGGUUGUGCCUUAAUGACCGACACUUUGGACGGCUCCGGAAAUGGUUCUUCAAUCCUCAAUAGCAAAGGAAUUACUCACAUCAUUCAUGCUGGGCCAAAAGAACGGUCAAAAUUUCCUAGUGAUGAGGAAUUUAUUGAAUGCGUAGUCAAAUCCGUCCAAAAUUGUAUUAUUCUAGCGGAGAGAUAUAAUUUCGAAAAAUUGGCUGUUCCUCUCGUUGGUGGAGACAUAUUUCUUGGUAAAUGCGACCUUGAAAAGUUGGCAGAAGGAAUAAUCCGUGGAGUUGCUAAUCAAUUAGCCGAGUGUCAAAAAGUAAAAGAAAUUGCGUUGAUAGACUUUGACAAAAAACCUCCAUACUUAUUUUUGAAAAAAAUUCAGCAGUUAGAGAAAGAAUUGUUUAGUACUACGGUUCCACUGAACGCUGAUCGCUUUAUAGGAAUAUUAAAAAACAAUAAAAAAAAAUCAUGGGUUGGACAACAAAAAACAAUAAAAGUUAAGGUCGGAGAUAUCCGAGAUAAAAAUCUACAUAGUUGCUCCGCUAUUGUUAAUGCGGCUAAUACUUAUUAUGGUAUGGGAAGUGGGCUUGCUGGUGCUAUUAAGGCGCAAACUGGUAAUGCAGGAAAGAUAGACGCCAAGGCUAAAGAGUUAAUUAGUGAGUUCAAUUCUCUGAUAGAUGAUAGUAGUGGACCAGAACAACCAAAACCCAAUCCAAAACCAGGUGAUAACCCCAAACCUGGAAAAAAACAACCCUCCGACGACUCCCCAGGACCUACUCCUGACAAUGGAAAUGGAAAUAACGACGACGGGGACAAUGGGAAAGACGACAACCAAGAACCUACCGAUAAGGGCCCAAAAAAAGAUACUGACCAAAGUCCUAACGAGUGGAGAGAAGAAUUAAAAAAUGUCGAUCCAAAUUUGGAACAAACUUUCACCAAUACCAAAAUAGCCGAAUGGCAGCAAGAAAAGGGUUCAUUCAAUUCUGCCGAGGGAGUAAAAAAUCUGCUUGAAAAUGUUAAAAGAAAUAACGAUUUUUUGACCGAAAUUUCCUCCAAGCAUUCGGCUCCCGACCUUAACAGUUUGAUUACCAAUAAAUCACCCCAGGAAGUAAUUAUUAUUAUUAAACGAUUUGAAUACGACCAAUUAAAUGCUGGCGAUAAAAAAAAUAAGGACGCGAAAAUUAGAAAAUAUUAUUCGCUAAAAAAAGACGAAGUUCUGACUGAUAGCCAAAUAAAUGAAUAUCUUUAUAAAGUAGCAGUGGGAGAAAUCAAUGAGAGUUCGAUUAAAUUAGAUGACAAUUCCGGACAAAUUAAUCCUCAAGAAAACACUAUUUUGAAAAUAAUAAAGAUUAGUGCCCUCAUUUUGUAUCUGACUUCGGAUCAGAGGGUCGGGGGUUCAAAUCCUCCCGAGCGCGCCAAUAAUAAUCUAAAAUUGUUUUAUAACUUAAUGACUAAAACCCACGAACCAAAAAAAAUAGUUUUCUGUCCGACCAAGAUCGAAAUCAAAACCAAACCCUUUGAUUAUGAGGACAAGUUUCCAGUUAAAAAUCCCCAAACGGGUAAAUUGGAGGAAAAAAUUGAAACCAGAAAAUUUUCUCAUUUACAAUUUAUUUUUAAUUCUCAAAAAGAAGUCAAUAAUUUUUCCGCCCUGGUUAAGGCGGACCAAUUUUACGAAGUGGAAACCAGCUGGUCGAGUCAUGUCAAGCAAGGAAAAAUCGGUCAGCCAGAAACAGAAUUCAAAAAAGUUGUUUGGGUUAAAGAGACUAAUCCUCAAAUUAAAAAAUUUUCUGCCGGAGAAAAAACAGGCGCUAUGGCUGGCCGAAAAUCUAACACGACAUUCGAUAUUAUAGUAAUAGGGGGAGGUCAUGCUGGCAUUGAGGCUUCCUUAAUCAGCACCCAACUAGGACAUAAAGUGGUGUUAAUUACCCUGGAUAAAAAUAAAAUUGGGGCCAUGAAUUGUAAUCCCUCAGUGGGGGGAGUAGCCAAAGGAAUAGUAGUUCGAGAAAUUGACGCAUUGGGAGGCAAAAUGGGCCAAGCAGCGGAUGCAACCGCUCUCCAAUUUAAAUUACUAAACACUUCUAAUGGUCCAGCAGUCCAGGCCCUUCGGGUUCAGUCCGAUAAGAUUGCUUAUAGUCGCUACAUGCAAAAAGCGGUUGACCAACAGAAAAAUCUAACCGUUAUUGAAGGAGCCGUGAAAAAUUUACUAAUAGAGGAGAAUAAAGUCCGUGGAGUGGAAUUAAAUAAUGGGGAGAUUAUCUUAGCAAAAGUGAUAAUUUUGACAACCGGCACUUAUCUGCAACCAAUCACUUAUCAAGGCAAAGAAAGCAAAAUUGAAGGACCGGAUGGUGAAAAAAAAGUAGUAAAUAACAUUUCUCAACAAUUACAAAAAUUAGGGUUUAAAUUAAAACGCUUCAAAACUGGAACUUCUCCACGCAUUUUAACUAAUACUAUUGAUUUUUCGGGUUUAAGGGUUGAACCGGGCACCGAUUUGCCUCUGCGUUUUUCGGCUCAAAGUGAUUAUGAAAAAUUAUUGACUUUGUCCGAACAAUUUCCUUGCUAUCUGCUCCAUACUAAUGAAAAAACACAUCAAAUCAUUCGGGAAAACUCACAUCUUUCUCCGAUUUUUUAUAAAGAGAAUAUUGGUAUUGGGCCACGUUAUUGUCCGAGCAUUGAGGAUAAGGUUUACCGGUUUGCAGACAAGGAAAAACACCAAAUAUUUUUAGAGCCAGAAUCUCGGGAAUUAGACACCACUUACAUCCAGGGUUAUGCUAUUGAAUAUGAUGUUGUGGAUUCUACUCAAUUAAAACCCUCUUUGGAAAGCAAAUUAGUUGAUGGUCUAUUUACGGCCGGGCAAAUUAAUGGCACUACUGGCUAUGAGGAAGCGGCCGCACAAGGGUUAAUGGCCGGAAUAAACGCCAGCCGUAAAAUAAAAAAACAGGAGCCACUAAUUCUCCGCCGUGACCAAGCCUAUAUUGGAGUAUUAAUUGACGAUCUGGUGAACAAAAAAAUUACUGACCCUUAUCGGCUCUUGACUUCUCGAGCUGAGUAUCGCUUAUUGCUACGACAUGAUAAUGUUUGCACCCAAGAACAACGCGAAUUAGAGGUUAAUAUUAAAUAUGAAAAACAGAUUACCAACCAAUUGCAAGUGGCAAAAGAAUUGAGUCAAUACGAAGCCAGAAUAAUUCCUCCUCAUAUCGAUUACUACCAAGUCGAUAAUUUAGCCAAAGAGGCUCGCGAAAAAUUAACCAAAAUCAAGCCGAUUUCUCUGGGUCAAGCUCGACGAAUAGGAGGAGUUAAUCCGACUGAUAUCCAAAUGUUGAAAAAAACAACUUUAUCAGAAAAAACUAAAAAUAAUUUGCACCGGGCUGGCUAUCGCCAAUUAACCGAUAUUCAAUUAAAAACUAUUCCUCUAAUAUUGGCAGGGCAAGAUAUUAUUGCUCAAUCUCAAACGGGAACCGGCAAGACGGCCGCUUUCUUAAUCCCUAUUUUAGAGAAAUUAACCGCAAUUCACAAGCCACAAGUGCUAGUGCUAGUCCCUACUCGUGAAUUGGCUUUACAAGUAAGUGAGGAGGCACGAAAAUUAUCUCCUCACACCAAUUUACAAGUGGCGGCGGUUUAUGGCGGUGCACCAAUUUACCAACAAUUACAGGCUUUUCGUCGGGGCGUUGACCUAGUAGUAGGGACUCCUGGCCGAAUCAUCGACCACAUUUUUACGCGUCAAAGUUUCCGGCUGGACCAACUAAAAUUUGUUGUUCUGGACGAAGUGGACGAAAUGAUUAGCAAAGGAUUUUUGCCCGAGAUUGAAAAAAUAAUGAAAAAAAUACCAGAGCAACGCCAGACUUUGCUUUUUUCUGCUACCAUUUCCCCCGAGGUAAAAGACCGCGAUUUAGUUAAAUUUCUCUCUGCUAACCAGUCCAAUUCCGUAAUUGUUUUUGCCAACACCAAAAGAAAAGUCGAAGAAAUUAAAGAUAUUUUGCUUGACAAGAAAUUAAGAGUUGACUAUAUUCAUAGUGAUUUAUCCCAAAAUCGCCGCACCCGCGUUUUUCAGAAAUUUCGGGCGAAAAAGAUUUCUUUGUUAAUUGCUACUGAUGUAGCCGCUCGGGGCUUGGACAUUAAGGACAUUUCCUACGUGGUUAAUUAUGAUUUUCCGCAAAACCGCGAGUUUUAUAUCCACCGCACUGGACGCACUGGACGAGCUGGAGCAAGUGGCAAAGCCCUAACUUUUGUCAAUUCGUCUCGGGAAAAAAGCCAACUAUUAGCCAUUUCUCGCCAACGAAAUUUUAAAUUAGAAAGAUUUAUUAGCCCAACCGGAUAA